AUGCUAUUCAGCUGUUCAAUAAUACUUUUAUUUGUUCUGCAUUUUACUGGAUUGAUAAGCGGCAGUUUACCUAACUCAUCGAUACAAAUGAAUGACGAUGAAACACGUAUCCGAAAUUUCCCGUUUAGCCUGCACAGAUCCGCAAGUAUUAAUGGUACAAUUAGGAGAGGUCAUCUUAACGUCCAUUACGCUACUCUUGAGAAAUCAAAUGUGUUAGAUCUGUUACGAAUCCACGUUCGCUUGCAUGAUGUGAAUAGGUUCAUUAACACCAGUAAAUUGUUGUUACGAGUUACUUCUCCGAUCGAUGCCAUAUCAUUUGCGUUACCAACCGGGUAA